UUCGGCGGAGAGAAUAUCACGGUGUGCUUUGCAACAGUUCUGCCAUCUCGUGAAGGCCAUGUUCUCAAGAAUUGUUAACGAGUUCACGGAUUUGCCCGUUUCGCGACAGGCACUUCUCGUGACGGCCGGUGUAGGUGGCAUUGCGUUGUUUUCGGCCGGGGCCUAUCUUGCUAAGCGACACAUCGAGAACACUCCUCCGAAGCAAUGGCGUAAGGCGGGCGAGCUGGCAGAGCUAUACGUUUUCCCAAUCAAAUCCUGUGCACCGGUCGUUCUGCAGCAGAUCGCAUGUUCCGACCUCGGUCUCCAGCGCAACUUGUUGCGCGAUCGAAUCUUUAUGGUGACGAACCCUGACGGAAAGUUCGUGACCGCUCGUAUGAAGCCAAAAAUGGUUCUUGUCCAGCCGCGAUUUGAUGAGCGCUUCGAAACGAUGUUCCUCACGGCACCGGGAAUGCCGGAACUACGCGUCGACAUCCGUGCACUAAUGAAACCUGGAGGAGAGCUCGAAGCAGGACGCAGUACGGUUUGGGGAGAAACGGUACCAACUGUGGACUGUGGCCAGGAAGCAGCACGCUGGUUCUCCCGCUAUUUACUGGACAAAGAUGACGGAUAUCGACUACGGUACUAUCCGCUGGAUUAUACGAGCCGCCGCAGGAACGGUGCUGAUACGGGAUCUCUGCAGGACGAGACUAGCUACAUGCUAUUCAACGAGGCCAGCGUGGCCGAUUUGAACCAGCGACUGGAGAACAAGGUGACGUCUCUUCAGUUCCGUCCCAAUUUCAUCGUACGCGGCCCGGAAGCGUACGCCGAGGAUCGUUGGCGCUGGGUGCGCAUCGGAGAGACCAUCUUCCGGUACGAGAAACCGUGCUUGCGGUGCAUCUUUACCACCAUCGAUCCGGAAUCGGGCGUCGCCCAUCCGGACAAGGAGCCGUUGCGGACGCUCAAGCAAUAUCGACAGAUACCAUCUCUCGGGGAAUCUCCCGCCCUCGGCAUUCACCUGGGAGUACGACGUGCAGGCGAGGUAAAGGUGGGCGAUCCGGUUUAUUUUGCAUAACCACUAUAGGCAUUUGAUCGGUGAGAGGCCACGCAUACGCGUUUCUUUCGUUGCCACCUUUCUUUCUAUUCUGGAACAUAACACAGCGGCACUUCAUGUUGAUAGUUGAAUAGUGCAUUUAAAUAAAAUAAAA